AUGCUAUUGAACCAGUUUGACAAGCGUUUCCCAAAUGAUGAUAGUUGCAUAGACUAUUUUCGGAGGAUAAGAGAACCUGCGCUUCCGCAUUGUCCGAAAUGUGGUUGUGCAAAUUAUAACUGGGCAGCAGGCAAGCAGGCUUUUGAAUGCAAAGAAUGCCGACAUCGAAUCCCUCUUACCAAGGGAACGGUUAUGGAAUACAGCAAGCAAUCUCUGCGGUCCUGGUUUUACACUAUGCACUUGAUGACUUCGAUAAAACAGGUUCUUUCUGCCAAGGAAGUCCAGCAUCAACUUGGCAUGGAACAGUAUCCACCAGUCUGGCUUAUGAUGAUGAAACUAAGGGACAUCAUGGGUAAACGUGAGAACAUCUAUCAACUUUCAGGAGAAGUGGAGCUUGACGAGGCGUUCUUCCCAACCAAACUUGAUGAUGAAGACCGAGGAAAACCGUUAAAGCGAGGCGCGGGAAGCCAAAGACAGACAAGAGUCCUUGUCAUUGCAGAGAGCAAACCUAUUGAUAAUGUGCUACUUGAGUACCUUUUACGCCCCAAGGAGAAUACUAAUGAGAAAAUCUCCGCUCUUCUGAAGAAAGCCAAGGGCCAGUCUGUCAAGAAGGUAGUUCAUUACAUCAAGAUGUUCGUCAUUGAUGACCAGAAGGCAACAACUAUCGACAAGAUUGUGGGUAGGAAUGUUAGCAAGUUCACUACCAUUGUAACAGACGGUUCAGCAUCACAUGUGAAUUUUGAGCGUGACUUCCAAGGACAUGAGGCUCACAUAGAGGAUAACGCCGACGAGGUCGUUCGCAAUGUACUUCCGUGGGUGCAUAUAAUAAUAGGAGAAUGCAGGAACGGAAUUGCAGCCAUCCAUAAAGAGGUGGACAAAAGAUUCCUGCAACUGUACCUGAAUGAAUAUUGUUGGAAGUUCAACAGAAGAUUCUUUCGGGACUCCACCGAUCCCAGAUAUGACUUGUUUGACAGACUUGUUAGAAUAACUGCCAUAUAUAAGUCCGACAUCAUGUGGAGAGAUUACUCCAAAAUGUCAGAGGAAGAGGAUAUUUGA